UACCAAUUUGUCCAACAAAAAUUCACACACAUGAUGUCUCCUAAAUGCUUGUUUCUUGUUCUCUUCUUAGGUCUUGCAAUCUUCAUUACCCAAUCAUCCGCUCGGCCGGAGCCGUCGCCGAAAAUCGAGGCCGGCGUCGUCACGAUCAAUUGUAACCCGUCUAAUGUGAUCAAUGGCGAAUUAGAAGGUGAUCGGAAUGAUGGGCACUCCAAAAUAACCAAUUGUCAGAUACGGUUUCCGGGCAGUCAAGUCAGCUUAUCUCAACCUUCUUCUUCCGAUCCUCCAAGUCCAAGUGAAUCUCCGGCUCCGUCGCCGUCACAAUGGGAUUCGGUGCCUUUACCGAGGCUGCAUGCGGAACCAUCGACCAAUUAAGAUGGAUCAUUUAUUUAGUCAAAUUCAAAUUAAAUAAAAGUAAUGUUGUACAACAAAAAUUAAACCAAUUUGGAGCUAUGUAAUUCUGU